AUGUAUGCUAAGAUUGAAAGCGAACGCUUGCGAUUUAUCCGAUACAACCAGGCUAAAUUACGAUCAGAAGAAUAUAUUCACUUACGAGAUGCUGUUGUUGGAAACAUCGACGGAAAUUUAAUUCCCAAUGACAUCGGUAAUGUUUUCAUUUUACCUUCAAGCUAUAUCGGCAGUCCACGGAAUAUGCAGGAAUAUAUACAAGAUGCGAUGACUUACGUACGCCAUUACGGCCGACCAGAUUUGUUUAUUACAUUUACAUGUAAUCCGAAUUGGGAAGAGAUACAAACUUUAUUAUUACCAGGACAACAAGCAAUUCAUCGCCAUGACAUAGUAGCACGUGUGUUCAAACAAAAAUUGAAAUCCUUAAUUGAUUUUAUUGUUAAACAUUCAGUUUUUGGUAUCACACGUUGUUGGUUGUAUUCAAUUGAGUGGCAAAAGCGAGGUUUGCCUCAUGCCCACAUUUUAAUUUGGCUUCAAGAUAAAAUCCGUCCAGAAGAAAUUGAUCAAAUAAUUUCAGCCGAAAUUCCAGAUCCAUCAAUCGAUCAAGAAUUGUUUGAUAUUGUUACCAAACACAUGAUCCACGGGCCGUGCGGUGCUUUCAACAUGGCGUCACCAUGCAUGGAAAAUGGAAAAUGUAAGAAAAAUUUCCCAAAGCCGCAUACGAAUGACACCAUCACGGAUAUUGACGGUUAUCCAAUGUACCGCCGCAGAAAUACUGAGAAUGGUGGCCACACAUUCACAAUGCGACUGCCGAAUUCUACAGAUCCAAUAGAAUUUGAUAAUCAGUGGGUGGUACCAUACUCACCAUUACUUUCAAAAACUUAUGAGGCUCAUAUCAAUGUCGAGCUUUGCAGUUCUGUAAAAUCAAUUAAGUACAUUUGUAAAUAUGUCAAUAAAGGCAAUGAUUUGGCCAUAUUUGAAUUAGAAAAUAUAAAUAAAAAUGACGAAAUAACACGAUACCAAAUGGGUAGAUACAUUAGCAGCAACGAAGCUAUUUGGCAUAUUCUCAGCUUUCCCAUCCACGAAAGAGACCCUGCUGUCCAGCAUCUAGCAGUACAUCUUGAAAACGGUCAACGUGUAUACUUCACAGAAGAAAAUGUUCUUCAAAGAGCGCUUGAGGCUCCAAAAACGACACUCACUGAAUUUUUUACAUUGUGUCAAAAAUCUGAUAUUUUUGGCCAAUUCGCAAAGACAUUGAUGUACACUGAUGUUCCACGUUAUUUCACAUGGAACAAAUCCGGUAAAAGAUGGGAGCCACGAAAACAAGGAAAACCACAUCCGUCCAUUACAGGCAUAUUCAAAGCAAAGACAUUGGGGCGACUUUACACGGUACAUCCUAAGCAACGUGAAUGCUUCUAUUUACGUUUGUUAUUGGUGAAUGUUCCCGGACCAACGUCUUUUAAAUUUCUGCGAACAGUUAAUGGCCGAGUAUUCAAUACAUACCAAGAUGCAUGUCGUGAACUGCAAUUGCUAGAAGAUGAUAACCAUUGGGACUUAACGCUUGCUGAUGCUGCAUUGACAUCAACGCCAAAUAACAUUCGUCAGCUGUUUGCAAUUAUUUUGACGACAUGUUAUCCAUCGCAAGCACAAACUUUGUGGGAAAAAUAUAAAAAUUGUAUGACAGAAGACAUAUUGUACCGAAUUAGACAAACACAUCAACGCCAAAACAUAGAUUAUACGCCAGAGAUGUAUAAUGAAGCGUUAAUGUUAAUCGAGGAUUUAUGUGUUUUAAUUUCAAAUUUACCACUUAAUCAUUAUGGUGUGCAAUCACCUGAUCGCCCAGCCACCGACUUAGUCGACACCGAUUUACAACGAGAAAAACAAUAUGACCAUGCUAAUUUAGCAACAAUUAUCGUGAACAGUGAGCCAUUACUGACAGCAGAACAAAAAAUUAUUUAUGAUCGGAUUAUGCUGACUGUUGCUGCUGAACAAGGAGGUUUUUUUUUCUUGGACGCACCAGGUGGGACCGGUAAGACAUUUUUAAUAUCGUUGAUUCUUGCCAAAAUACGGUCGCAACAGAAAAUCGCAUUGGCAGUUGCAUCGUCAGGCAUUGCGGCUACUUUGCUAGAUGGUGGGCGAACGGCACAUUCAAUAUUCAAGCUACCAUUGGACAUUCAUAAUAAACCAAACGCAAUAUGUAACAUAAAAAAGAAUAGUGGAAUAGCUGCAGUGUUGCGGAAGAGUUCAAUCAUAAUUUGGGAUGAGUGCACAAUGGCACAUAAAUAUUCACUCGAAGCAUUACAUAGAACUAUGCAAGAUCUAAACGGUAAUGAUAAACUUUUCGGUGGUACUACUUUACUUUUGUCUGGUGAUUUCCGACAGACCUUACCGGUUAUACCUCGCUCUACUUUCGCGGAUGAGAUUAAUGCAUGUUUGAAACAAUCAUUCUUAUGGCGAAGUGUUGAAACACUUCGAUUGACCAUAAACAUGCGUGUACGAUUGCAAAAUGAUCCAUUAGCACAAAUAUUUUCCGAACAAUUACUAGAUAUUGGGAACGGUAAAAUAGAAAUGCAACCAAACACGCAAUGCAUUAAACUGCCAGACAAUUUCUGCACUGUUCUUCAGGACAAAAAUGAAUUGAUUCAGAGUAUUUUUCCGAAUAUACAGAGAAAUUACUUGGAUCAUGACUGGCUCAGUGAGCGGGCUAUUUUAGCAGCCAAAAAUAUUGAUGUUGACGAAAUUAACUUCCAGAUACAACAGUUGUUACCAGGCGAUCAUAUGUCUUUUAAAUCAAUCGAUACUGUUCCUAAUGAAAAUGAAAGUGUAAAUUUUCCAAUUGAAUUUUUAAACUCACUAGAUAUACCUGGAAUGCCACCACAUAAUCUUCGAUUAAAGAUUGGUUCACCGAUUAUUCUCCUGCGUAAUUUGAAUCCACCUCGACUAUGCAACGGUACGCGUUUGGUCAUCAAAAAGAUCACCGGAAAUGUUCUUGAAGCAACCAUUUUAACUGGAAAGUUUAAAGGAGAAGUGGUCCUGCUGCCACGUAUUCCAAUGAUACCGUCAGAUUCUAUGAUACCCUUCAGAAGGCUACAGUUUCCAGUUCGUUUAGCUUUUGCCAUGACUAUAAAUAAGUCUCAAGGCCAAACAAUGUCCAUUUGUGGUUUAGAUUUGGAAAAUCCAUGUUUUUCUCAUGGGCAACUAUAUGUUGCAUGUUCACGUGUAGGGAAACCGUCGAAUCUAUUUGUGUUAGCUAAAGACGGAUUAACCAAAAAUAUUGUUCACCAAUUAGUGCUAAAUUAA